AUGAACGCGUGGCCCAGCGCAAACUAUAUGAUACUUAUGCUGCGUUUAUUUUCGGUAUUAUCCGCCGGUGCUUUCGAAGGCUGGAUAAGACGUAUUGCCGUGAAUACUAUCGCCGAUUAUUUCAGGCGUCAACCUCCGCAAACAGCCUCCUUAGCCGAAGAUACCAAUGAUACAGCCGCCUAUGCAGAGGUGGAUGGCUUAAGAUCAGGCCAAAACCUUACGUCCGAUCAGAAGACCGGAGCUGCUAUAAGUGAAGAUGCCGAAAAUGAAACUGAUAAGCAGGAACCGGCCGAUGCUGUAAGCCAGUCAGCUAAUCGCCGCACUUCAUCAGCUGCAAGUAAAAAUAGCCGCCGCAACCAGCCUGCAAAACAGGCGGUGCAACCAGCCCGCCGAAGCAAGAAACCGGCUAUGGUUGCUAAUACAAAACAGGACGCGCCGGAUAAACCGGUUCCGGCAGAUAAUGAGGCGCGGAACAACAAGCCCCCGGUUGAAAAUAAAGCCACAGCGGAAAGUGCGGGCAACAGCCCCUCAAAAGAAGCGGAUAAGACGACGGCUACAACCGGGCGUAAAGCCAAUCCACGCACUGCGGGCCGCAAUGGUCGUAAUAAUAAGGCAAGGGCUACAACGGCUGAUAAACAACAGAAAGUAAGCGGCAAUACAGACCCUGAUCAUGUUGUUGGGGUAACCAGCCCAGCAGAAGGCGGGAAGAAGCGUACUGAUGAGGUUGCGGUAAAAGAAUCAAAAACUGCCGGAAAUGAAAACGCAGGCAGCGCGGCUUCAGAUGCGUCAGCUCAAGCCGGUCGCAAAGCAAAUCCAGGCACUGCGAGCCGCAAUAACCGUAAUAAUAAGGGAACUGUUACAACUGCUAAUAAGCAGCAGAAGGUAAGUGGUAAGGCAGAUCCUGAUAAUGUUGUUGGUGCAACCAGCCCCGCGCAAGCCGGAAAGAAGCGUAAUAAUCCGGUUGCGGCAAAGGAAUCAAAUCCAGUUCGCCAGUCCGAUGAGGUGAAGCAGGAAUCGCUGGGAAUGGUUAAAGGUGAACGGGAUGUAUCCUGCGGCUUGUUUAAGAUCACCAGCGCCAAUUGUAAUUCCGCAGCUACAACCCCACUCGUUGCACCGCCCGGCUUCCAGGAUUAUACCUGGUACAAUGCCAGCUAUACAGCGGUAUUAGGUACCGGGCAAACCAUUCAUAUCCCCACACCUGCCACUACAACGGACUAUCAUGUGAUACUGACGCCUUACCCCGGUUAUGGCUGUACCGAUACGCUGACCACACAGGUUUUGUUUUCUGCAUUGACCGUAAAUGCCACACCAGACAGUGCCAACUUAUGCCAUGCCAGCCAGGUGCAGCUGAAUGCUACGCAAACGGGCAGUGCCUCGCCUUAUACCUAUAGCUGGGCACCGGCCGCCGGCCUGAACUGUAUCUUCUGCCCUAACCCGAUGGCCUCGCCAACGGUCAAUACCGCUUAUACGGUUUCGGUAACAGAUGCGAUUGGCUGUACCGUAACGGAUACGGUUGCUGUGGUAGCUCCCCUUUCACUCACCGAGACACAUACCGAUGUUAGUUGUAACGGUGGCAACAAUGGGUCGAUAACGGUGGGUGUUAUUGGUGGCGUGCCGCCUUAUAGUUAUAGCUGGAAUACCAGUCCGCAGCAAACAGCGUCCUCGAUACAAAACCUUGGUCCCGGCGUGUACACGGUAACCGUCAGAGAUGUGACGAAUUGUAUGGCUACAAAGACGAUCAUUAUCAGCCAGCCAUCGCCAAUGACAGUCACGGUAUCAUCUACCGAUAUCCGCUGUGCGGGCGUGGGUGCGGGCAUGGCCUGGGUAAGAGCGGCAGGCGGCGUAGCUCCUUAUAACUAUAGCUGGAAUACGGUGCCGCCGCAAUCAAACGAUACCGCAUUUGGCCUGCCCGCAGGAACUUAUACCUGUACGGUUAUAGAUGCCAACCGUUGUGUAAAAACAAUUUCCAGCACGAUCAAUGAAUCCAAUCCGUUUACUGUAAGCACCCAAUUGAUAAAGCGCUCCUGCCCCGGUGAACUGAAUAGUGAAGUCCGUGCCCUGGUACUCGGUGGCGUGGGUACCAUCCGUUAUUCCUGGAACACCAAUCCCGUGCGCAGCACGCCUGUCCUGGACCGCAUCGGGCAGGGUACGUAUAUUAUUACGGUGCAGGAUUCGGUGGGUUGUAUUGCCCGGGAUACGAUUGCGGUCACAGACUUUCCGGGGCCUGUGGUGACAGCCGGUAAUGAGGUAGAGAUCUGUGAGGGUGAAAGUACUACCCUGAACGCCGGCGGCGCGCUGACCUAUCAGUGGUAUGCGUCUUCUCCCACACUCUCCUGUAUUAACUGCCCGUCCACAAUAGUUACGCCGGAUACAACAACCGUUUAUUACGUUAUUGGUACCGAUGUGAAUGGCUGUAAAGACACCGGACUCGUUACGGUGCAUGUGUUACAACGGAUGCCUGUAACUGUGGACAGUACCCGGAGGAUAUGCCUUGGGGAAGAAGUUAUGCUGGGGGCCACUGGUGGCAUUUAUUAUGAAUGGACUCCUGUGGAUAAUAUGGAUGGCCCCUUUUUACCAAACCCGGUUACCCGGCCCACGAAGACAACUACCUACCAGGUGAUCAUCACGGAGAACCGUUGUUUUAAAGAUACGUUGCAACAAACAGUGGUGGUAAUGCCAUUGCCGACAAUAAAUAUUAUGAACGGAUUUUCGGGGAUUCCGGGUGCUAUGGUGCCACUGACAACUACGGUCGCCAAUGCGCAGACAAUUACCUGGUGGCCACCUACGGGACUUAGCUGCACUGAUUGUUUCCAGCCAGUGGCAACCCUUGAUAAGAGCAUCAUUUACAUUGCUGAAGUCUCGGAUUCCAUCGGUUGUAAAGCCCGGGAUACGAUCCGGAUCAUUGUUGGUUGUGACGGUAAUGCUUUUUACCUGGCCAAUACGUUUACCCCUAAUAACGAUGGGCAGAAUGAUUAUUUCUAUCCGCAGGGAUUAGGGGUGAAUAAGGUGAACCGGUUUAUGGUAUAUAACCGUUGGGGAGAAGUUGUAUUUGCCGCCAGCGAUCUACCUGUUAAUGUACCGGAACGUGGAUGGGACGGGCUUUUUCAUGGUAAAGAACUUCCCCCGGAUGUAUUUGUAUAUGUGGUGGAAGCCAUUUGCCCGGACGGGUCGCCGGUUGUAUUAAAAGGGGAUGUAACACUGGUUCGCUGA